GUAGCAACAAACGUAUUUGCUACAGAGGUAAAAUGUCGGACUCAAAUGUUGAAAGCACGAAUUCGGAUAAUAAAAAGGGCGAGGAAACGUCUUCCUCUGAUAAUAAGCCCUCUCUUACAAGCGUCACACACAAAUUGAAAGCUGAAGCUCUUCGAAGAUUUAAAAUUGACAGUGAAAUCGAAAACGAGCCAGAGUUCAGUUCGGACGAUCCAGAUGCAAAUGUUGACUCGAAUAUAGAACGAAAAGAGCAAGAUGCGAUUCAGGCGGAUAGUAACUAUUCACAGUUGGAUGAAGUUGGUUCAGGAGAAGAAAAAGAUCCUCAAAGAAAUCAGGAAAGCCUUGGUCCAUCCUCAAGUGACACAUUUAGGAAUGUAAAUGUUAAAGUAUCAAGCGAUGUCUCUGUAGAACAGAAUGUUGCAAAUUUGACACCAUCGAGUGAGACCCAAGACAAUCAAAACAUAUUGGCAAACUUAGAAGAAAGUGAAGCAAGUAAAUUACACCCUAAUAAUACCUUGCUUAUGCCUAAUAAUGAUAUGGUGGCAGAGUCAAUUAAUCAUCACCUGGUAGCUUCUUCUGAUACAGCAACAAUGGAAGAGCCUCCUGCUGCAAAUGAUGAUUCCACAGAUACAGUUGAAGGAUUUGAAGUGGUAAAGGAUGUAUAUGAGUCAAAAUGUGAAGAACCUAUAUCAAAUGAAGGUGAUGUUGUGGUAAAUGUACAAAGUUCAAAAGAAGAGCCUGGUGCAACAAGUGAUAAUUCAAAGACUGCAGAUGGUGUGUUGCCUUCGGAGAUUACGAGUACAUAUGAAUCACAUAAAGAGAGUGACAGUAAUUUACCUGGAGUUGAUGAAACAACAAGCAGAGAAGGUGCCCAGAAAAUUGGAUUUACUGUCAAGAGUGAUGAUUUAUCCCGAUCAAGUGAUAAAGGUCUACCUAAACCUGAUUCAAAUGGUUCUUCUGAAAACGGUGUUCUUGACAAUAAUGCAGAGUUACCAGACCAAGCUAAUUUGAUUUAUUCAAGUAUUAAUGGUGGUUCCGAAUCAAAUACUACUGAUGUUAAAGCACCUGAUAGAGGUAUGCAACCAUCAGUUCAAACUGUGCCAGAUAAAAAUGUGGAUUUUCCAGCUCUGAUGAAGAAUGAAUAUUCCAGUGAAAUCAAUGAUUUGACCGUAGACAAUGCCAUCCAAUUCGAACAUACUGCCCCCAAUACGUUAACAACGGAUGUAAAAUCUAGUGAAAACAAUGUAACAAGUUCCCAUAAACAGAAUGGUGAAAGCAUCAAUGAAAAAGAAAGUUUGGAACAAAAUGUUGCCAUUAUUGAUAGUACCAGUAAUGCUGACUUUAAAGGUAAUAUAAUGGAGGACGAUGAUCCCAGUGGAAAGAUGUCUACCAAACAUGAUGAAGAGAAUGCUUCAAGUAUGUCUGCUGUGCAUGAUGAUGUUGAGACAAAGAUUCAAAUCCCUCAGACAGAGUCAAAAUGUGAAGAAGCUAUGUCAAAUGAAGGUGAUGUUGCGGUGAAUGUACAAAGUUCUAAAGAAGAGCCUGGUGAAGAUUCAAAGACUGCAGAUGAUGUGUUGCCUUCAGAGAUUACGCAUGAUCCUGAUCAGGAGGAUACAGAAAAACCCCCUACAGAUGAAGAUGAAAAAGCACACUUAACUGACGAUUUUUAUUAUGAAAGACCAGAAUCAUUAUUCAAUCCAUUAUUGACUGAAGGAGUUCCACAUGAUCUUCUCUCAUUGCAUCAUUCGUUUGGUUAUGAAUGCACAAAGAGAGAAAAUCUUCACAUAUUGGAUGCAAAUACAGUCGUAUUUUCCGCGGGCAACUUGGUUCAGAUACUUAACUUGCAGACACUGGAACAGACAUAUAUUGGUGGCACCAACGAUGGUGGUAUUGGUGCUAUUACGGUGCAUCCAAGUCGCAAAUAUUUCGCUGUUGCCGAAAAAGGAGUGAUGCCGAAUAUAAAUAUUUACGAAUAUCCUUCGCUGAAAUUAUUCCGUGUGUUGCGAGAAGGAACACUGGAGGCAUACGCCCAUCUUAAUUUCUCAUCCAAUGGUACGAAACUUGCAUCACUUGGCAGUUCUCCGGAUUUCAUGUUGACUGCCUGGGAUUGGAAGAACGAGAAAGUGAUUCUGAGAACGAAAGCGUUUUCACAAGACGUCUAUAAGGUCGCGUUUUCCCCUGAAAAUGAGGGACAUUUGUGCACAAGUGGAAGUGGUCAUAUUAGAUUUUGGACGAUGGCGAGUACUUUUACUGGUCUCAAACUGCAGGGUGAAUUAGGACGGUUUGGUACAACUGAGCUCACUGAUAUUGAAGGAUUUGUUGAACUUCCAGACGGCAAAGUUCUUUCGGGGUCAGAAUGGGGUAAUAUGUUGUUAUGGGAUGGUGGUUUAAUAAAAGUUGAAAUAUGCAAGAAAGACAACAAACUAUGUCAUAACGGAAUGAUCGAACAGUUCUUUAUGGAUGAAGGCGAAUUAAUGACUAUUGGUGUUGAUGGUUUUAUUAAGGUUUGGGAUUUUGAGGCAAUUGAUAAUGCUGAUAUUACUGACGAGAAGAAUCGUGUCUUUGAAAUGGAGCCCAUGUAUGAACUAAAAGUUGGGCCAGAUGUAAACUUGAAAUCAAUGGUUAAGUCUGUCAAUCUUAGCACGCCAACAAUUUGGUAUGGGCAGGACGCAUCUGGUGCAAUAUGGAAAUUGGAUCUUUCUUUUACACAUACGAGUCACGCUCCUGAAAAGCUGCAUUCCUUUCACGCUGGUCGUAUCACGGGCGUGGACGUGUCACCCACUAAUCACAUGGUCGCAACCUGUGGUUUGGAUUGUACAGUUCGUCUUUACGACUACGUCAAUAAAACUCCCCUCUGUUUUGCCAAGUACUCACGUGGUGCAACAAGCUUAUUAUGGCUUCCUAAGUCUGUUGAUCCGAAGUGUUCAUCUAUUCUUUGUGGUUUCUCCGAUGGUGUUGUUCGCCUUUUGUCGGUGGCCAGAGACGAAAGUUCAACUGUACGAAAUAGAAGCAACAAGUCAAAUUUAAGUUUUCAAAUGCUUCAAGUAUUCAAGCCACAUACCAAGAAUGUUACGUGCAUUGUCAUCGACAAACAUGGAAAAAUGCUGGCGACUGGGAGCGAAGAUUGUUCCGUAUUUUUCUUCACGAUCGAAAAUAAAGUUUGUAAACCUGUCGCUUUUAUUGAAACAGCGUCACCAGUCGUGUCUAUGUCGUGGUUGGACAAUGCUGAGGAUCCUGGGGGACUUCUGGUGUUUUGUAAGGACGGUGCGGUACUUGAUGUCGAUGCUCCUCGUGUUGAUGUAAUCGACACGACCAAAACAUUUAAAAUUCCUUCACAAAAUCUUGUUAAACGAGAGUACAUGUUUGCAAGAAUAAAAGAUAAAUUACUGAAAGCCGAAGAAGACAAACGUAAAGCCCAGAUCAAAGCAGAGAAAGAAAAACGUAAAGAAGAAGAGAGAAAACGACGUCGUGCGAGAGGUAUCGUUGAGGAUGAAGAACAGGAAGAAGAAGAUGAAGAAGUAGAAGAAGAAGAAGAGGAAGAGAAGAUUGUUGAAGAACCUGUUGAUCAUGGACCUUGUGUCGUUAUACGGGGCUUUCCUUCUGUACAUCUUGACAAGUUUUGGAUGUUAAUGGACGGCUGGGAUGCUGGGUACAUAUAUGAAUGUGAAUUUCCUAAGGAGAUGCAAUCAGAGGAUUCCUUGGAAGGCACAGAGCCCAUUAACGCUAUCAAAUUACUAGAAUGUCAUGAUACACCAAUACGGUCUUUUACAUACAGCCAUUCAGGUGAUUUUGUUUUAUUUGGCAUGGAGAAUGGUGUAGUUCGAAUCCAUCCUGUUCAUGGCAAAAACGUGUUGGAUUCGUUAACAACAUACUGGGCACUUCAUGCACAUGACAGUCAACAUGGUUCAAUCACUGCUAUCAGAACUAGCUUUGAUGAUCAAUACGUGUUUACUGUGGGUGCUGAUGGCAAUUUCUUUGUGUACAAUUUCAUGAGUGAUGCAACACUAAAGGAGUCAAAACCUAUACAACAGAUGGGAAUACCAAGGAUACAGACUGUGAUUGGUGAAGAUGGACAAGAAGUGCCGAAGACAAUCGACGACAUUGAUGAUCCGAAUUACUACAGCAUUGAAAUUGAAAAACAGAAAGCAGAACAUGACAAAAUGGUGAAAAUAGCUGAAGAGAAAAAACAGAAUGUUCGUCGUGGCAUUGCAAAACUCAGACGAUCUUUCAAGUCUCUUCUUGUUCAAAAUAAAAGUCUCCCGGAGUAUCUGCGUAUCAAAGCACAGGAGUUAGAGAUUGAUCCAGAAAUACGAAAACAGCAGGAAAUCGAAACUGCAGAGAAGAUCGAUUUAGUUCGCAAAGAACUUGCUUGGGAAUCAGAAAAAUACUCCAUAGGACUACGAAAACUACGAGACAGAUUCCAAAGUAUGAUGGAAUGUGAUCGAAUCAUUGUUUACGCCUGCCAUAGUCCGUACAAAGUGUCCAGCUUUCGUUCAGCGAAAUUACCGGAACUAUAUGAAUACCUGAAACAAUCCUUAGAAGAAGCAACCAAAGAUGGACCAUCUGCAGCGAAUCAGAAGAAAUUUAGUAUCCCUGGACUGAAAGGGAUGUUGCCUUAUGCUAAACGACGUUCCACUCAAGUUGAUACUCGCAAGAAAAGUCAGCAGCCAGUGACUGGUAUCAUCACAACAGCACCUGCAACUGCUAGUGGUGGUGGUGGUGGUCAGGUUGGAGGAAAGGUUGCCAAGGCUUUAGAGAAAGCUGAACAAAGACGAAUUAAACGACAGUUACGACAGGCUGAGUGGGAUGCAUUAUACAGCAGUAAACCUGACGAUAAUUAUCAAGAUCCUAAAGAUGUGAAUGCUAUCAAAGAAGCAAAGGACAACAUUGGAGAUUAUAAAUUAAAAACAGCAGAUGAUUAUGUCGUCCCGGAGGAUCAACGUGUUAACGCUGAAAUCAAACUCAUGCAGUUACUACAGUUGCUGGAUCAGAUUCAUUACUACAAGACAAACUUUAACAAACGACUUGUUGCUCUCAGAGAGAGAAAAAUAAAGAUUAUUGAGGAGGUCAAAGACUGUGUCAAUAAUCUGAAAUUUGUUCAGUCUAAAUUGGAUCCAUCUCUUCACAAGCCUCUGCCCGUAAUUCCACAACUUAAACCAGACGAAAUACCAGAAAGGAAAAUGGAGUUUACAAAAGAAACUCUGUACGCUUUCAAGAAAAAAGAAGAUAAUAAAGCGGAGAAACGACAUGAUGAUGGAGGUGGUGGAGGAUUUGGUGGUUUUGGUGUGUCCGAGUCAAAGCCACCAGUGUCGACCGCUGGCAGUCGUGAUCGUACAUUUUCCAACGUGUCUGUUCUGUCUGGAGGUCGCCCUAGAUCAAGUCAAAGUACUAAGACUGAUCCACAUCCUACAGACACGAUAUCAGAAAUUGUAGAAGAAUCACUUUCUAGUUUGGAGUUGCAAUUGCAGGAACGGGAGAAGAUUAGGAUGAACUAUGAACAAGAUCGUGUGUUGGAAAGAGUUCAGUUUCUUCUAACUAAUUUCGACGGUGAAGUGAAGACGUUGCGACAUGAAAAAUGUCAAUAUGAAGUGACGUUAAAGAACGCUGAUCUCAAACAUGUUACGUUAUUUGAAGAAUUGGUGUUGCUUAAAGAAUUUGAAAAAAGAGAACAUACAUUUGCCACUCGAGUGUUAACCAAGGAAGACGAACAGGAGGAAAUGGAGGAUAAAGUCGAUGAUUGUCAGAUGAAACUGGAGAUGAAGAAAGAUGAGAUUGAAAAACUGCAGGAACGAGAGAAAUCUCUUCUUUCCACAUUUUCCUCCAUGAUCGGGGAGAACAAUAAGUUUGAAGGGUUUCUAACUCGCGUGUUUAAGAAGAAAAUAAAGCGAGCAAAAAACAAAGACGAGUCACGUGCUGGGUCAGAUGACGAUAGUGACGAGAGUGAGAGUGAUGAAGAAUUUUCAUCAAGUGAGGAAAGUAAUUCUGACGAGGAGACACUUGAUGAUAGUGUUUGUCCUCCGGGUUGUGAUCAGACGUUAUUUGAUAACGUGUGUCAACUACGUGAAAGUCGUUUGGACAUUGAAGAAAGUCUAGCAGAAGAAAAGAAAGCGUUGGAAACAUUGAAGAAGGAACUUGAGGCGCUGAAUAAAAAGUCUAAAGUCGUUGGAUCAGCUCUUGUUGCUGCCACAUCAGAAUUAGAAGCUUUUCAGCGUGAAAAACAGCAAAAAUUAAACGAGUUGGAUGUGGUGGUGACAUUGAAACUACAUCAAAUACAAUACAUCGUGAACAACACGAUGCCGCAAGAUCUAUCAACAUGUCUGGUCUUUAUCAGUUCCGAUCAAGAACGUCUGCAGAAGAGAAUCAAAGAACUAGAACAGGAGAAAGCUGAACAGAAAAAAUUAUUCAGAGAUAAUCGGCAGAUGCACGUGCAGUUAAAACGUGACAAGAAAGCAAGAGAAGCCGAGAUUAGUGAACUUGAAGAGAAAGUGAAGAACAUGCAAAUGUUAAAGUUUGGAAGGCUGGUUGAUUUAGAAAGAUUGGAAAAUGUCACUGUAAACAGAACAGCUGAAGAACUCAAGGAACGGUUACGUCAACAAGAAUUACAGAAUGCAAACGAACUGGCAAAGUGGGAGAAAAAGAUCCAAACUUACAAGCAAAAGCUUACCCAGCGAACUCGUGAAAACACUGGACGAUUGAACACAUCUACUUUGUUAUACCAAGAAAGGGAAGAGCUGGAGCAAAAAUUGGAUGGAAAGCAAAAAUCAUUGGGUGCUGAGUAUAGUGGUAACAGGAAGACAGAUCUGAGAGAAAGACAUCGUCUCGUUCAACUGGUGCAAUUACAAGCACAAGAAAUCGAUGGUUUGAAAGAUGAAAUAACCGUAUUGUCUCGUAAGGGAGGGCAUAUCUUACCACCAUCUCAACCGCCGUUACCGCUAACUGCUAUCCCAAAUAUAUAAAUUUCAUUCUUUUGUGUUAAAUUUUAUUAUUUUCGUGUUAAAUUUUGUGCACUAAUUUAGACGUUAAAUAUGAAAAUACCCUCUAGAUAUGCAUGAUUAGAUAAAUAUUCUUUGUAUAUAUACAGUGUAUAUUUUGGAAGUUGUGAAAUAAAGAAUCGCAAUCAUGCACAA